GGCGUCCUCCAUAUACAACCACAAACACUUGCAGCCAGCAGGCGCCGCGCCUCAGGGCGGCCCCAGCAUCCAAGGACACCAUGCCACCUCUCGCCUCGACGAUGCUUUCACCGUCGUUCGCCAAGAAUUUGAUCAACUUGCUCGGGAACUCGACGCAAUGCGUGCCCAGCGCGACGAGUUUGAAAACAAGCUCACCGGUCAGGUGAACGAACUCAACAUCAUACGUUCCUCCCUCUACGCUCUCGAGGACGAACAUCGCAAAGUCCGCGGACAAUACGAAGAAGAAAUGCGCAAACUCCAGGACGAGUUCAGGGCGUACAAGCAGCGCGUCGAGGGUCCUCGAAGCGAAGGCAUCGCCAGUCUCGGAAGGGGUGACCGCGACCGUGAUCGUGAUCGUGAGCGGGAUAGAGAUAGAGACAGAGAUCGGGAUAGAGACAUGCGCAUUGACCGCGAGCCUCCACCCCGCGAGCCAAUGGGCAUGCCUGGCCCGCCAUCGCGCGCCGACACCAGGGAAGGGCUUAAUCUUGGACGCCCGCUGGGCAUCCCAGGUGCUCCUUCUGCCCCUCCUCCAGAAGGGCAACUGGGCGGCCUUCCCCACGCUCCUCCUGUGGGACUUGGCGUAGGCGCCGGCCCAGGCGGUGGCGGAGGAUACGAGCCAUUCUACCCUCGCGGCGACAGAGACAGGGACAGAGAGCGAGAAGUCGACAGAAUGGCUGCAGAGCGUGGCCGACUCGACAGCCGGAUGAUGGAGCGUGAACUCCGUGAGAGAGAUGUCCGAGAUCAGCGCGACCGUGAACGGGACAGAAUCGAGCGCGAGCGGGACCGCGACUUGCGUGCGGAGCGGGAUCGUGGGGAAGCCAAGCGCAUCAAGACCGAGCGCGGGAAGAUGGAUCGUAGUGACCCGUUCUCGCCUUCGCUUCCCUCGGUUCCCGGCCAGCCACCUCACCAGUCGAUUGCUCUGGCACCUGCGCCCGGCGGCCCCGCCUCUCUACCGCCUCAUCAAUCUCCGCAGGCCUCACACAAUGUGCCGUCGUCGGGCCCAAAUGGACCACCAUCGGCACCACCUAGUCAAUCCUCACAUCCUACACCAAAGCUCCCGCCCGCGUCAGGACCUAACACGUAUGGACCCCCAACUCCCCAGUCAAGUUCGGCUGCCCAGCCUCCGACGCCAAGCACGCUUCACCAGCCGGGACCUCCGUCCACAACAGGCCCUGGGGGCCCUCCGCCUGCGCUUAACACUCCCAACUCCGCUGGCCCUCCCGCGCUGCCUGCGUCAACAAACGGUUUACCCCCUCCGCCGUCGUCGCUGCCGCCACCGCCGUCGCAGUUGCCUCCGCCUCCGCCUUCACAACCCUCACAGCAGGCCCCGCAGCAACAGCAGCCACCGUCCCAGGACCGCGACGUCACCAUGGCGGAUGCGUACCCGGGUCCGAUCGCUGACCUCGAGCCGCAGUCGCUUCCUCCCGAGCUGAAGAAAGAAGGAUCUGACUGGUUUGCUAUCUUCAAUCCGAAUGCCAGCAAGGAGACAAAGAAGAAGUUAGAUGUUAGCUUGGUGCAUACGCUUUCUCAUGAGAGUGUCGUUUGCUGUGUGCGGUUCUCUGCAGACGGCAAAUACCUUGCCACCGGGUGCAACAGGACGGCACAGAUCUAUGAUACCAAGACCGGUCAGAAGACAUGUGUCCUCGUCGAUGAAGAGGCGACCAAGACAGGCGACCUCUACAUUCGCAGCGUAUGUUUCAGCCCUGAUGGGAGGUAUCUGGCGACAGGCGCCGAAGACAAGCAGAUUCGCAUCUGGGAUAUCGCUAAGAAACGUAUCCGGAAUACGUUUGACGGCCACCAGCAGGAAAUCUACUCGCUCGACUUCUCAAAGGACGGGCACUUGAUCGUAUCUGGCUCAGGUGACAAGACGGCGAAGAUUUGGGAUAUGCACGAACCCGGGCUCUACAAGACGCUGUCCAUUGACGAGCCCGAUAGUGUCGACGCAGGUGUCACUUCCGUCUGCAUCUCGCCUGACGGAUCGCUCGUCGCCGCAGGCUCGCUCGACACCGUCGUGCGCAUCUGGGACGUGCAGACAGGCAAGCUCGUCGAGCGGCUCAAGGGCCAUCGCGAUAGCGUCUACAGCGUCGCCUUUACGCCCGACGGGCGCGGUCUUGUGAGCGGCUCGCUCGACAAGACGCUCAAGUACUGGGACGUACAGCCCAUCUACGAGCGCCGGCGGAACGGCUCGCUCAAGAACGGCGCGGGCGCAGAGAAGCUGGAUAAGACUAGCCAGUGCCUGAUGAACUUCACGGGCCACAAGGACUACGUGCUCAGCGUCGCUGUCAGCCAUGACGGACAGUGGGUCGUCUCUGGGUCCAAGGAUCGGGGAGUGCAGUUCUGGGAUGCGAAGAGUGCGGUCGUGCAGUGCAUGUUGCAGGGACACAAGAAUUCCGUCAUCUCUAUCGAUCUCAGCCCGGUGGGCAAUCUAUUGGCGACUGGAAGUGGUGACUGGCAAGCAAGAAUAUGGAGCUAUACCACAACACCGGCAAACAGCUCAAGCUAAAUGCUUUGUAUACUUGCGGAAAUGAGCAUGACCAUGCACUCGAACCCGAAACUCAUCCUGAACGUGUCUACGUCGUUUAUUCCAGUUACGUUUGUCCAAAAACUCGAAGGAUAAUUACGCGAAGAAACUUGCAUUUGAGUUCUUGUACGAAGGACGCGCUUCGGACGGUGCUGCUGUAGUCUCGUUUCAGUUGUGACGUCUAGUUGUAUAAUUGAUGAUGUUCUCCUGAUCCUGUCGCCCGUUCAUGAUGUUCAUACGUAGAAAGUAUAAUAUACCCUGGUAUCUCCUUUCAAUAUCGCCCGUCAUGGAAAAGCUUAGUUACAAUUUCGCAGACGGUGUCGCACCGCUGCCAUACUUCCGCGACAAGAACGCAUGCAGCUCUUCAGCAAGCUCUUGAGGGGCUUCCUGUGCGAGCAAGUGUCCCGAGCGUUGUAUGAUGACGUUGCUCGCAUUCUCGGGGCGAAGCCAGACUAGGUGAUUGCGUGGGAUCUCGUCUUGGUUCGGACGGCCGGGCAUGAUGAAGCGCAGCUCGAUGUGCGAGGGGAGAGUAGACGCGAGUUGCCACAUCUCGAAGCUGAGGAGAGUAUCAGAGAACGUUAUCGCUUCGAGGAUGCCGGACAUCUUGAGGCUCACGCCACCCUUGGGGUCGUCGUAAAGGCCAUGAUCGACGUACAACUUGAGGACGGCGGGAUCCCAAGCGCGAAAAAAGGGCGACCGUUGGAAGGAGGCGAGGGCUUCUGCACGAGAGGACCAAUGUGUCCGUCGCCGGAUGGCACCGGUACCAAGAGUGUACGGUCGUUUAAACACGAGGCCCAUGCCAGGACGGAAGGGGGAUAUUAUCGGGUCCAUAAGCACGAGAGACGCAAACAAGGCAGGACAGUCCACCGCGGCACGAAGGCUCGCGCAGCCACCGAAAGAGUGCCCGACCACGACGAAGGUCCUCGAUUGGAAGCCGAACGCCUUGCGCGACUGUGCGAGCGAUUCCGCCAGGCGUGGUAAAUGAGUAGGUAGAGUCCCCUCAGUCGGCGAUGUAGGGAGAUAGCUCAGGAGAAAGUUGAGGAUAUCCCGAGAGUUGUCCGCCCAGUCGUAUAUUCCACCUAGCUUCCCAGCAUUCACAAGAGCGGAGUCACCAUGGUUCACCGCUUCCCAGAGCCAGAUUUCUGAUAUGUCCACCGUGUGCUUCGAUGCCUCGUUGACAGCGAGGAGGUGCGCCAGGGCAACCUCCCAGGUCUCCUUCGGAAAGCCGUUUGGGUGCGCGAAGAACAAAGUAACUGGCAGCCUGCCGACCUGCCUCCUGGACCUGUCCUUCCUCACGUACCGGUCUACACAGUUCCAUAGCAGCGUCCGACUGCCCUCGCCGCCGAGCUCGUCCGACCACUGCUUCUGACGGACUUGCAAUAUCCCCUCAAGUGUCCGCUGGACUGAGGCCUCGAACUGCGCCUUGUCAGACGACCAUGCGGGCGGAGCGGUCUCUGGCACGUCGGGUGUGAGACGCGGGUAUGCAGCGGGUACGAGGUGCGUCGUGAGAUCAUAGUCCUUGGUGAUAGCCGGGUCG